GUCAACCAAAUAAUCAACAAUAAACAACUGGCUGUCAGAAUCCGCAGAGAUCAGAAGCAUUUGGAGUCCGAGGACCGAUUUUUCGGAGAAAUUGCCCCCAAAUGGACGUGGACGAAGCUGUGCAAACGAUUUGCGACUCUACGGCUUCGCUCACGGAAGGAUGUCGAUUACCGGUGCGAAUGACCGGCACUAAUGAUUGGCCGCUGGCGGAGAUCAUUAGUAUCAAGGAGGCGACGGACAAAUCGGUGUGGUAUUAUGUGCACUAUGUAGAUUUCAACAAACGGUUGGACGAAUGGGUACCGGAAGAAUACUUAGAUACGAGAAAAGUUCAGUUCCCUCGGAAAGAAGGUUUAACAACUGGUCAGAAUACCGGAGUAACAACGCCAAAACGGAUACCAGUCGGAGAGCGAUCUCGUCCUGCCAGUCCUGUAUUGCCACCGGAUAUCCUGAAUGGGGGUGCCGUUCUGGCAGCAGCCCUACAGAAAAAAAUAAAUCGAAAGCGAAAAGCCACCUCUACAGAGAAUGAAGACUCGCAAGACGUUCCGUCGACGCCAACGCCGCGGCAGUCGGGAAGUAUGGUGAUGCACCACGACGACGUAGUGACUCGCAUGAAAAAUGUCCAGCUGAUAGAGCUCGGUCAGCAUCGAAUCAAACCGUGGUACUUCGCGCCAUACCCCCAAGAAAUGUGCUCCAUGUCCUGCAUCUACAUCUGCGAGUUCUGUCUCAAGUACCGGAAAAGCCGGAAAUGUCUGGAGCGGCACAUAAAAAAGUGCAAUCUUCGACAUCCACCGGGCAACGAAAUUUAUCGAAAACACACGAUAAGUUUCUUUGAAAUUGACGGUCGGAAGAAUAAAAGUUACGCUCAGAAUCUGUGCCUGCUGGCAAAGCUGUUCUUGGACCACAAGACUCUGUACUACGACACGGAUCCGUUUCUAUUUUACGUGAUGACCGAGUUCGACUCGCGGGGAUUCCAUUUGGUGGGGUAUUUUUCCAAGGAAAAGGAAAGCACCGAGGAUUACAACGUGGCGUGUAUUCUGACGAUGCCGCCGUACCAACGGAAAGGUUACGGCAAAUUGUUGAUCGAGUUUAGUUAUGAGCUAUCGAAAUUCGAAGGGAAGACUGGCUCCCCGGAGAAACCGCUGUCGGAUUUGGGUCUGUUGUCCUAUCGAAGCUACUGGGCUCAGACAAUACUAGAAAUUUUAAUUCUGGCGAAACCGAUUGGAGACAACGAGAAGCCACAGAUUACUAUCAAUGAAAUCUGUGAGCUAACCAGCAUAAAAAAGGAGGACGUUAUCUCGACGCUGCAGAUUCUGAAUCUGAUCAACUACUACAAGGGGCAGUACAUCAUUUGCAUCAACAAAGAGACAAUCGACCAGCACAAAAAGGCCAUGGAGAAGCGCAAGAUCCGAAUCGACAGCAAGUGUCUCCACUGGACCCCAAAAGACUGGUCCAAGCGAUCCAAGUGGUGAAUCGUUUUGGCGUGGUUUUUGUGUAAUUUUAUCUCUAGAAAAAAAUGUGUUCCCACCUUCGCCAUCUCCCUCUUUGGCAGAACAAACUUGGCGCGAAAGUAGAACUGAAACAUUUGUUUCUUCUUCGAAGCUACACUUUUGACCGUGUCAUAAGUCGAGUGUGAGUGAGCGUUUUGUGCAUAUGUUGGCGAAAAUCCGCACAUUGUAAGGAGUCCAUGCCAAUCGUGUAAGAACGUUCAUCACCCCCUACCCAACUACCUAAUUACUUAAGGUUCCAAAUUUAAGAUUGUAAAGGCUCUAGAUAAUAAAUUAAUUAACUAAAAUCGA